AGCGCGGGGGCGGGGGAGGUGGCCGGAGGCACGGGCCUCGCUGCCCCCUGCUGCCGCCGCCGCCGCCGCCGGUCCGGUCCUCGCACCCUGAGCUCUGACAUCAUGCCACAAGAAGAGUAAUCUCUUCCCUUGCUUCCACAAUGGAGGACUCGGGAAAGACCUUCAGCUCUGAGGAGGAAGAAGCUAACUACUGGAAAGAUCUGGCUAUGACCUACAAGCAGAGGGCAGAGAACACGCAGGAGGAGCUCCGAGAAUUCCAGGAGGGCAGCCGAGAGUAUGAAGCUGAAUUGGAGACACAGCUGCAGCAGAUCGAAACCAGGAACAGGGACCUCCUGUCCGAGAAUAACCGCCUUCGCAUGGAGCUGGAAACCAUCAAGGAGAAGUUUGAAACGCAGCAUUCUGAGGGCUACCGGCAGAUCUCAGCCUUAGAGGAUGACCUUGCCCAGACAAAAGCCAUUAAAGAUCAACUGCAGAAGUACAUCAGAGAGCUGGAGCAGGCCAAUGACGACUUGGAAAGAGCCAAACGGGCCACGAUCAUGUCUCUGGAGGACUUUGAACAGCGCUUGAAUCAAGCCAUUGAAAGAAAUGCCUUCCUGGAGAGUGAAUUGGACGAGAAGGAGAAUCUCCUAGAAUCUGUUCAGCGGCUGAAGGAUGAAGCCAGAGAUUUGCGGCAGGAAUUGGCUGUGCAGCAAAAGCAGGAGAAACCCAGGACCCCCAAGCCCAGCUCGGUGGAAGCUGAAAGGACAGACACAGCUGUGCAGGCCACUGGCUCCGUGCCGUCCACUCCCAUCACUCAUCGAGGACCUGGCUGUAGCUUGAACACACCCGGGACGUUCCGACGUGGUCUGGAUGAGUCCACUGGGGGGACCCCCCUCACACCGGCAGCACGGAUAUCUGCCCUCAACAUCGUGGGAGACCUGCUGCGCAAAGUCGGGGCUCUGGAAUCCAAACUUGCUUCCUGUCGGAACUUCGUGUACGAUCAGUCCCCAAACCGACCAAGUGGCCCGGCCUCAGGGCGGGGAAGCAAGAACAGAGACGGUGGCGACAGACGGGCAGGCAGCACCAGUGUGCCUCUGGGUGACAAAGGGUUGGGAAAACGCCUGGAAUUUGGGAAGCCGCCUUCAAAUAUGUCCUCACCAUCGCUGCCGUCAGCCCAGGGUGUAGUCAAGAUGUUGCUUUAGGAAAUCCACGGAAGCCGAGGCCCCUGGUGUCUAUGCCCAGUCGUUAUCCUCCCUCCCCGCUUUAAACUAGGUUUUUGUUUUUGUUUUUGUUUUUAAGUAGUCUGAGAAAUACAAGCAAGCAGUCAACACUAGCCAAUGACUGAGGCCGUCAUCGCCUGUGGCCCCUGGUGGUUGUCCCUGGGAAAUGCUCUCUCCUUGCUGAGGUGUUGCCAGUGGACAGGGACAAACCGGACCCUGUGGAAGGGGCGAUGUGGGCGCUGAGGCUGUCCCGUCAUUUUCAGCCACCCUGAGCCCUGAUGGGUCUUGAGAGGUGUUUUUAAUGCCUGAAGACACCUUAAAAGUGGAGUCUGAGCCCAUCGCAGGCUCACCCCAGCCCCCACUCAGCUGGAGCUGCUUCCAGAACAAAAUCUCCAGUGCCCUGUGGUACAGCAGGGACCAGCACACUGAAAUCACGUCUAGGAGCGAAGAAUAGAAUAGGCCGUGUACUUUUUAUUGAAACUGUGGUGUGGUGUACCUCCGACACUUUUUAAUCUGCCUCUCACUGAGGCUUUUAGAGUUUCAGGGUAAAUUUUAUGGGGACCAGGUCCGUGGAAAAUCUGUGUCCUUUUUAGUCCAAUCCAAGCCUGACUGUUACUUGUCCUGAGCCCCUCACCCUGGCCUGGGGGUGACUUCUGCUUCAGGACCCUGAGGGUCACUGGGGUAUAAUGGUCAUGGCAGCCCCUAAGAACAGGGCUUCUUUCAAAGCCAUGAUGCAAUAACUGCGGUGACCUUCAGGUAACAUCAAACCACAAGCAUUGUCCUUGGGUGCUUCCUUAUUCAAGAAGAACGAACACAGAAUUUCCACGCGGACGGUGGACGGCUCAUUCAGCCCUGCUUGCUGUGAACGGCCGUGUCACACUUUGGAUGGAUGCAAGUAAACAAAAAACACAAAUUCAGGCGCAAGUGUGCAGCUUAACGGCUGUCCAUUACUAAGUUAUUUUUCCAGAAGAACAGCAAAAAUAUCGUUGAGUUGAAAGCAGAACUUCUCAAGCGCUACUGAAAUUCGGCAGAGAAUUAAACUUGAGCGCCCACGUCAUCACACUAGCAGCAUUCUAACCUGUAUCAGCAAAAGAUGUACUUUUAUUUUUUUAAAAGAGCAAUAAAAAUCAAGGGAAACUGA